AUGGUCAUCCAGUCAUUCUGUGUUUUAUUCAGGGCGACUGUUGGUCGCCCUUCCUUAUUUCUCCUCUAUAUAUUACGUUUUUUUUUCAAUAUUCGAUACGAUGCUUUUGAAGAGCUUUUGAAUAUCCUCACCAGCGAAGACGAAACGCUACAAAACAUUGUCAGUGUCAAGGAGAAAACAUUGGUUCUAUGCAAGUCUUGUAGGAAACAGAACACCACCACCGAUCCAUACCAAACCAACUUCACACUGAGCCUUCCCAAAGCGGCUACAUUCGAGUCAAGAAGCUAUGAGUAUUUCCGAACGAACCUGAUCAGGAGAAAUUGCGAAACCUGCAAAUCAAGAACAAUAAUCAGUCAAAGACAUGUGAACAGCGAGACACUAUUCCUUUUCGUCAGAAUCGAGCACAACUUGUGCAGUUUCAAAGAUUUCACUGCCAAUAAGAAGAUCAAUAUUUCCAACAGUAACUACAAACAGAAAACUGCAGUUGAAUACCAGUGUAUAAGGCUGGAUUUAUCCCCCCAAGUCAGGGAGCCAUAUUGCACUAUAUAAGAUGGUGUCAGGAAAACAGAAAAUCAUUGUUUCCACGGAUUUUUUUAGCGAUAUUUUUUCAACUCUCUAAUAUGAACUUCCACCUCCCCCUCUCCACCUUCCUCAACCGCCACGCACCGGGAUGGGAGACCCGCGACCGGAAUGAAGUCAACGAGAUCUUCGCCCGAUUGGGCCGAGUCGAGAUUCUGACCCUCAACGGAACGGUCGAUCAAGGAAUCCUUAGGCUCCACCAGCAGGAUGCCAACUUGAUGUUCGGGCCACCCCGUCGGCGCACUACAGUGGCCGCUUGGUACAGACAACGCCAUGCAACGGAGCUCACCCGCCCCGAGUGGCCGCUGGUGUACGUGCUGCGCAACCCCGGCACCUGUUUGCCUGUUGAAGUAGUAACUGUUAUGCUCAUUUAA